AUGAGGGAGUCCAACUUCUGCAAUCCCGCCCAGAACAAGGCGAGCGUUUGCAUCUCAUCUGCCGUCUAUGACCGAAGAGCCAUCGACUGCACCGCCACAUUGCCGCUCAUCAACUCACUCAACCAUCUUGCCUAUCUCACCUCAACCUCACCACGCAUCCGUGAGAUGGUCACCCUUGAUGGAGGUCUCGAACGUCUCAUCCGCAUCCUUCGCAGCGUGCCAAAGACGCCUUCGCCUCAGCUUCGUGCCUUCUCCAUGAAGGAAAUGCAGACUGUAUGGAAGUGGAGUCUUGCCUUCCAGUGCGUUGUCAACAUCGGCGUCCGCGGUAGCGAGAGUGUAAGGACAAGGGUCGUCGAAGCGGGCAUGGUGCCCGUCACCAUUCGCGUUCUCGAGUCCUACCUUCGAAGCAUGGACAGGCUCAAGGACGAGAGGCGCAAGGAGGCUCUCCUUCAUCACCAACGUCACGAAGCCCGUCACGAGGAUCGCUCUAGCCGAGAUCGCAUCGAGGUUGCUGCCUCCACCUCCCACGCACAUUUGUCACCAGUCGAUCACGAACGCACACGGCGCACGCACGCAGCUCAGGAUACUCUCGCAUCCCAGGCGCCAAUUCGUUCGACGCAUGCUCACUACACCGAUGCAACCUACACGGCUCCCAACGCAGCGGUCGAGCCCACACACGCAGCCCACUACGCACCGGCGCAGCCAUCACGGAUUGCAUCCUCUAAUACUCAGGGUCAACUGCUGACAGAGACAAGGCCUACCACACCACUCGAAGAUCCUGUGUCUGCACGCCGAUCCUCUGUACUUGUCGGCAUGGAAGUGCAGAGCAGCGUCGAUGAUUUCCUUCCGCCGCAAGCUUCGCCCAUGCCUGUUGUUGACGCCAACGAAGCUCAUGGUACCAUGCCAUUGAUCGAAAGCAUCGACCCCUUGUCGCUCUCUUCUGGUGGCGCAUCUUCGGUGGGACCAGACGGUACGCCUCGAGCCUUAUCAUCAGCGCAGGCAGAUGGCAGUAGUCUCGCUGGCGUGAGCUCUUCCGAAGACCUUCGCAACCACGCGGCCGAGGCUAGUGGCAGUGGAUCCGACGGCGCAGAAGAUGCAGAGAUGUUUGCGGAUGAUGCAGACGACAGCGAAGUUGACGCGGUUCAGUCGUCGGCAACACGGUCCGUUGACUCUGACCACAUGCUUAUCAGUAGUCAGAACGCUGUCGAUGCUGACGAAGACGUCGAGGAACGUCGAACGCCACGUCCAGCUCGCCGCGCCCUGGCUCCUUUGACCAGUCAGGAUUCGCCACUGCGAUCAGCUCAAAGCUACAUUACUCCCAACAGACCGACUAACGCGGUAGCACCGCCCCUGUUUGAGAGACAGGACACUGUGCGACCUUCGCGCGAUUACUCUGCCGCAUCGGGUUCUCGUGACACUGUCUCGACCAACUUGGCUUCCACGGCACUCGCAGCACAGGUUGGCUCGCAAGAGGCCGCCGCCGAUCAUCGCAACUCGGCUUUCGACUAUCACCAGCAGCAGCAUCGCCAACCGCAGCUAUACAAUGAGGAAGCUCCUCAAGCUCAGGUUCAGCAUCAGCAACAGCCACAGCAGCCACAGCAGCAUCAACACCACCCUCAUCAUCACCAUCAUCACCACCAUCACCACCACCAUCACGCGCACCAGACAACUGACGUCCCUGCGAACACCACUCAGCACCACCAAGAUACCCGCCAACUUCACCAUCACCACCAUCAUCAUCACCAGCAUCAACAUCAGCAUCAACAUCGACAUGCCACUGCUCGCGAUGAUGCGCGCACUGCCGUCCCGAGAAACGCUCAGCCCACCGCAGAUGCAGCCGCUGCUCAUCCAGCAGUCGUGCAGCUGAGCCACCUCGCUGACAACAACGCACGCAAUGGCAUUGAAGUUGUCUAUCGCGAAGAGGAAGUCCUGCUCAGUCUCCAGUUGCUUGCCUAUCUCUCCAAAUAUGCACACGUUCGGAUUCUCUUCCAUUCCUCCGACUUCACUGGUGCAUCGCUCAUGGGUCCAAUGGAUACCCUCAACGAAGAGUUGGAACAGGCCACAAAGCGUAACAAGAGCUGGGACCCGUCCGAGCCUCCACGUCGCAACGUCUUCUCGAUUGCUGAGAAGUUCACCUUGCGAUCCUCUCGCAGUAACUCGGCCGCGUAUCCUGCUCCUCGACUAUCGAUGGAAAUUCAGUACUGGGCUGGCGUCAUCAUGCGCAAUGCAUGUCGCAAGGACGAGUCGCGAGGCGGCAUUCGUCAGUGCGCCAACAUGCUGUGUGGCAAGUGGGAAGAGUACCCUCGAGAGUUUGCCAAGUGUCGUCGCUGUCGCAAAGCCAAGUACUGCAGCAAGCAAUGCCAGAGCAAAGGCUGGCAGAUGGGCCAUCGAUACUGGUGCAGCGCCAAGACGGACGACAAUGAAGCUAAGGACAAAGAGCGUGAGAAGGCUAGCGACCCGCAUCGAGUUGGACGACAAGAGGAUGGCCGUGACCCGGCAGCCACUGCUCCUCACAUUGUCCCUAUGGCAGCCAAUGCUGCUGAUACUGCCGGCUUCGCUGCUGAAAUCCCGACCGAGCCCGUCGAUGUGCUUCGCGAUCCUCGAACGCAGGGACGUACACGUCCAGAGGAUGUCGACAUUGACGGGCUAGACGACAACCGUACACGCGGUAGAAGGUGGCAGGAUGGUGGCGAAGCGCGGCCGCAGGGCACUCGCAUCUCUGACACGCUUCGCAAUGUACAAACUCCCGGUGGCCACUACACACACGCUGGUGCAAGCGCAGAUCCUCUAGCUGAAAUUCGGGCCAGGUUCAGGAUGGACAGAUCGCAGGACCAGCCUGGCCCUAGUCAAGCUGGAGCAAACGCACUGGUCGAACCCCAGCGUGGCGGUCCCUCGCAAAUGCAUCGUCAUGUCUCCUCUUCGUCAUCCUCUGUGGAUAUGGUCCCUGAGCAGAGACAUGCUGUCAGCGCCAGUGAGGAUAACGAGACGUGGAUGAAUGGCCCGUCGUCGCAAGGACCUGGUGCUCCCCACCUCGGCAUGAUGCCUUCGCCCUAUGCAGAUGCGACUACCCCAGGCGAGCCAUCAACGUCGACUUGGUUCGCCUCCGGUAGAGGUGCUAUAAACGGGAGCGUAGCGGUUCCGUCCGGGCAGUUCGCCUCAAAUACUUUGUCACCCUCGAGGACAUCCUUGAUCGACAGCCCUGCACAGGCUCCGCGAAGUUCCCGUCGUAACGUCCUGCCUGGCUCCAUGGGUCUGCCAUCAACGAUGAUGCUUCAAGAUCUGCGCGAUCGCAGGGUCACCAGCCUGGCUAGCUUGGACACAGUGGACGGCUCCGACAUCAGCGAAGACGAGACCGAGCGUAGGCUUGCACAAACUCAAGGCAUACUGCCUGCAUUCGCUGCAGCAGCUGCUGCCGCCGGUCUCCGUGCUCGAGAGGGCGAAAUCCCGCCUCAAGCGCCUCAGCGCACCGACCUUGCUGGAAGACCGUUGCCACCUCCUGUCAUUGCAUCGCAGAACGGCGAGGAGGACGAGCUUGCGCUUGGCGGACGUGCCACCCCUGGCGCAGCUGGUGAGCAGGACUUUGCGACCGGCGAGAUCGAUCAGAUGCUGGGUCACUGGGCUACCAGGAGACCUGCUGGUAUGGGCAUGCAGCAUCGUAUCGCUGAAGUGCGAGCUGAGGCUUCUUCACCGGAGAGGUCGUUGUCGCCCGAAGCAGGCGCGCCAGGUGAGAACACUGAGAUGGCUAUGGGUGCUAGAUCUGAUGACGAAGAGCUUGGAGCUACGUCUCGAGCAACUAGAUACGCAGGUUUGUAUGGUCAAGCUCCAUUCCAUCCUGGCAUGGUACGUGGCCAGACACCUCAACCGCAUCACCGACUGCAUCAGCAGCGUUCUGCCAGUGGAUUCAGUCAGUUUGGAGGUCACGGAACGAGAUUCGGAUACGGCGAAUCUAUGGGCGAGACAUCGACACUGCAAGGUUACCGCCCAUCGAUGGUCUCGUCUCCUCUGGCCCAGACGCCCGUACGCCGCACUAGCGGACAGGAGGUCAACGAGCCAUCUGCCUCCAACAUCGUCAGUGGUCUCGAACAGGCAGCUCAGCAUCUGAGUGCUGUGCAGCGACGACCCAUGAGCAGCCGCGGCAGUCUGGUCAGCGGAGAUGGCUACGAAGGCGAGGAUGUGGCCAUGAUGAACGAUACUGCGUCUGAGCAAGAGAUUAGUAGCUCAGCUCAUUCGCGACUGGCAUCCUUUGAGGAUGAGGUGCUUGACGAUGCAGAUGAUCGGGAUGACAUCAGUAUGGAGCUCUGA